GACAUAAUUCAUUGGUUGAUUGAAGGAAAUACGAAACAUUGCACAAGAGUUGUGUGGCUCUCUACUUUUUCUUUCUGUGGUCAGUGUGGACUGGUGGAAAGUAUUGAGGAUGGCCAUGUCCCUUGAGGAGGGAAAGCGAGAUAAAACUACAACGAGUCGGCACAGAAAUCCACCCGGGAGUGAGCACGGUGCUCGCCUUGGAGAUUACGUUGCAGCAAGUGGUCGUGUCCAGCCAGUGGCCAGACUACCACGGCACGAUGAUUCCGAACCACUUGUUCGGGCUCUCAACGUCGGCGUCGGUGCAUGCAGCUUCUGCCUCAACCUGCUGAUCCGACAUCCAUUCGUCGUUAUGCGUCGCCAAUGCCAGAUCAAUAAUUGUCCAUACUAUCCGGCCGGCAAGCUCUCAGCACCCAUGUCGACAGCAAUGGUCAUGUGGAGAAUGCAGCAUCAACAGGGAGCGCGUUGUCUCUGGAAAGGCUUGAGCAGUACAUACAUGACUAUGUGGCUGGAGGCGGCAUUUCAAGGUGUUAUCGUGGCCACCACUCCUUGUCCAAGAUCGGCUGGUGACAUUCGCCGUGUCAAGCAGUUCUUCCAGUACCUGGCCAUGCGCGGAGCAUGUACCGUGUUCGCUCUUCCAUUCUACUCGGCCAGCUUACUGGAAACUGUCCAGAGCCAAGUGACCAGCGAGGGAGAGCCGUCGGCGUGGGACUUUGUGCAGCAGGCGCUGUUCCGCAUCGUGGGCCGCACGCCUCACUUCUCUCGCCGCAACCUGCUGCCGCUCUGGUCGAGCAUCGCGGCGCCGGCGCUGCUGCGCUCGUUGCUGCGCGAGCUGCUGGGCAGCGUGGCCCGGCCGGCCGUGCUCUGGCUCUAUAGCUUCUUGUCGAGCAAGUCAGCAGCCGCCCGGCCUGCCACCGCCACCACCGACAAUCCUCAGCAGCAAGACGCGAGCAAUCCGGCCGCUCUGGGCGCCGCAGCAGGCGUGACCACCACCACAGUAGCAGCAGCAGCGGCAUCGCCGUUCGACUCCAAUGACGACGUUUUGACGUCAGUGCACCACCUGGCCACCGACAUCGGUGCCGAUGCGGUCAUUCGACGCCUGUCCCUGAAGGAGCUCAUUGCCUCGACCAUCAGCCGCCUCAUCGGCGAGGUGCUGCUCUAUCCGCUGGAAACUGUUCUGCAGCGCAUGCACGUUCAAGGAACGCGGCUUAUCGUGGACAAUAUCGAGACCGGUCUCGGCAUCAUGCCACAUGACAGCGCCUACGACGGCUUCUGGGACUGCGUGCACACGAUACGACGGGACGAGGGCGUCGGCGGCUUCUACAAGGGCUUCAGCGCGCUAAUGCUGCAGGUGUGCGCCGAAGUACUACUGCUACAUGUCACGCGUAUCACUUUCUCACAAGUCAACUCGGGCGUGUUCAGCUCCCCGUCUUUGCCCUCCGCAUCACAACAGCAACGGUCACAACACCAACUCUAAGUCUCGGUGAGUGUCGGUGCUGUCACAUUUCGUGUUGCUGGCCUCUUCUGCGGCAAGUUUUGCUGCUUUGUUUGCAUGAUUGCUGGCCGCUUCCGUUCUUAGGUAUUUAUUUCGAAUGUGUUUUAUAUGAGCUGUACUGCUGGUAGCGGGUUCUAUCCAGGCAUUUAUCCCAGAUACUUACAGUCAACUGCCGUCACGUUCUACGUAUGGCGCACUUUUUCGAUCAACGAGCAGGAACCGGAAAGGCCUUCUGCAUGCUGCAUUGCCUUGGUAGCUAUGGCGGCUGACUGUUACCAUGCUCAGGAGCGCAGGCUCCUGAAUUGCGUCGUGCUUGGCGGAGUAGCCGCCGUGAUUUCAAGUCGUCGUGCAGCUGUGCACAUGUUUGGAAUGGCGCAGUCGUACUGGUGGCAUGGCCGAUCGUUUCCUGCUCGGCUCUCUUGAGAGCCCUAGCAAAGCUUGGCCGAAACCGUCCGGAGCUUGUUUUUCGUUCUGCACACAUGUGCUUUUGGUGGUGCACUCGCACGCCCUGUUGAGCAACACAUGUUGUGGUUGUGUUCUGGGGUGCAUGGCGUGUUUGUGUGCGCGCGCAUGCUCCCUAUUUUUAUUGCCUCCACAGCAUUUUAUUUUUUUCUUGCCUUACUGUUUCCUGCAAUCGAGGACUGCCCUAAUUCGAUCUCCAUUAUUUUUUUAGCCUAUUUCAAUCAAUCCCACUAGCACAGCAUGGCCUUCUCUGCCCUGCAACAACUAACUUGCUGUGGGUUAUUAUUAUUAUUUUUUUUGUAUGCGUUGGAAGUCAUGCAUACACUUUCGUGAUUUUCGGACCUAUGCUAUAAUUGGAGUUGCAACGAACUAGCCUUGUUCCACUGUUGUUAGGACCUAUGCUAGAACACGUUUUCGUCAUUUGAAAGUCAUUUGAAAGUUCUAAUCAUAGUAUGAUAUGAAGAGUGCAUAAACAUGUAUAGACUCUCGAUAGUAUCAUGGCACGA